AUGACACAUGGCUGUAUGUGGGCUCAGCAUCUCAUCAAGACCCAGGAAUCACCCAGGAAGCCAUAUGCCUGCAGCCAUGGUCGUGACCAUGCCCCAGCCCAGCUCAGGGAGGAAGACUGCUCUAUGUGCUGGCCAUGGAGGUGGGAUGGGGCCGGGCCAGUGGAAGAAUGGAUCAGCUGUGACAAUUGCAUCAAGAGGUUUCAUGGUGAUUGCAUCAAGACCACCGAGAAGAAGGCAAAAGUCAUCCGAGAAGAAGGCAAAAGUCAUCGGAGAGUCGUUCUGUUUGCAAGAAGGAAGGUUGCCUGGAAUCUCCUUGAGAAGCCUUUGUUAAAGAAGUCACCAGAGUUUAUGGCCACAUUCGAGGCACCCUCUGAUAUGGACGUGCAUCUGGACCCUGAGCUCUAUCAGGACAUCCGCCCUAGAGUCUUUGAUGACCGUGAUGUCACUCAGAAUGCCUCUUUUCUAGACCCAGGACUUGGAAAAUCCGCGGUGAAAUUAAAGCAUGUCAAGCAGCUGAAGUCUGAGAAGCGUUAUGGGCAGAAACAGAGGCAGGAGGAUCUAUCUGAACACAGAGAUAUCAAAUACCCAGGCUCCAUGCCCCAGUGCCUGGGCCCCAGAUGUGUCCAGCCUGCCCAGCCAGGCUCCAAGUACUGCUCUAAUGAUUGUGGUCUGAAGCUGGCUUUCAAUCGCAUCUGUAAGAUCCUACCGCAGCAAGUCCAGCAGUGGCAGCGAAGGCAACAUAUUGCGGAAGAACGCGGGAAGGAGCUUCUGGAGCAGAUCCAGAGAGAGCAGGAGGGGGCUCUGAUGCGGCUGCAGGACUUAGAACGCUGCUCUUACGAGUUGGAGGCUGUUAUCCUGAGGGCGAAGCAACUGGUGGUGAAGAAAGACGAAGAGAUUAAUGAGAGAGACAGCAAGGUCAGGGACCUGCAGAUCUUCUGUGUCUCUUGUGGCAACUCUGUUAGCUCCAAGGUGGCAUUGAGGCACAUGGAGCAUUGCUAUGCCAAAUAUGAGAGGCAGGCAACCAUGGGGUCUAUGCAUCCCACCACAAUUGAGGGAGCCACUCAACUCUUCUGUAAUGUCUACAACCCAGAGUGCCAAACGUAUUGUAAGCGCCUGCAGGUCCUCUGCCCUGAGCACUCCACGGACCCCCAAGUAUCAGAGGAUGAAGUGUGUGGCUGCCCCUUGAUGGGGAACGUGUUUGAGCUGACUGGAGACUUCUGCCACCUGCCCAAACUACAGUGCAACUGGCAUUAUUGUUGGGAGAAGCUUCGGCGGGCCGAGGUGGAUCUGGAACGUGUGAGAGUGCGGUACAAGUUAGAAGAACUAAGGAAGCAGGAGAGAAAAGUGAGAAGGACCAUGACCAGCCAAGCUGACUUUUUGGCCUUAAUGUUACACCAGACCACCCAGCAUGACCCCUUGACCACGGACCUGAGGACCAAUGUCAACUACUAGCUGCACUGAGGAGAGGUACACUAACCAAACCCCUCCUCCCUCCCCCCCACCCCCCAUGGCCCUUCUGGCUCCGCCUCCUGCUUUGGCCUGAGAAACAGCACUAGGAGUUUCUGGGUCUUCCUUCUGAGGAUGGUGUUGGAGCCCUACCGCCACUUCCUUGAAUCUUCCCCUUUUGCAGACUUAUAGGUCUGCUCUGUAUCUCCCAAGGUGUCUUAGGUUGUUUCUUAAUUCUCCCUUGUCCUUUGUGUGUCGGCCCCCAGCGGCUCCUAGCUCCCUCUCCCCUCCCUUCACUUUCAGGAAUUUGUUUGGGGAAGUCUGGGAUAGUUAAUGGAAUAAACGGUCUAUUAACACACCCUUUCUCGAGGCAAUGUUGAUGGUUAUUACCGUUCUCCAGAAAGAUGGUAGAUAAAGGAGGAACAAGAUCUAAACUAGCAGAGGAGCAGAAUAUGACUGGGAUGAAGAUGAAGCCCAAAAGAAAACAGCAUCAUUUUCUUUGGAGCUACAAAGUGGAGAGAAAUAAGAUAAGCAGAAAGAGAACACAAGAUGAUUCUCUGAUAGAAAGAUGGAACCUGACGGAACUUCUGGCAAUGGAAUCCUAAACAUUUGUUUCUUACCAGGGAACCCAGUAAUUAGACUUCAGGGGUGCAGCCCCAAGUUUGCAGUGGUUUUUUUUUUUUUCCUCACAUAAAAUCAGGGAAAUUCAUGUCUUAUAAAGUUACUUGGAUUGGCUUCAGUUGAGCUGGCUUGGGAUCUUGGGUCACCUAUUUUCUAGUGAAAGGAAUAUUUCAGUGAUUAUUGAAUUGUUUUUGGAUCCAGGUGGCAAAAAUUGAGAAUUUGUCCAGCAGAUCGGAAUGUAAUUGAGAAAUGUUUAACAGAAUAAAUAAAAGUACAGUACAACACAUAAUGUUAAUUUGUGGUUUUCUAAGUCAAUAUCAAUUCAACUUCUAUUUGAAUUUUGCACCACUGAUAUUACAUAUAUGAAGAGCUGGCUUUCAGAACUAGAGAAAAAAAUAGAAAUUAGAUUUUAAUCUGGUUUAAGGCAGGAUCAGGCUUGGGGAAGGUUCCUCAAUAAUUCUGUAA